AAAUCAACAAAUUCCUUGACAAAUAAAUUGUCGAUGAAGAAGGAAGAGAUAAUUCUAUAGGCGUGGUGAAACAAUUCACAGUUGGUUACAAAUCGAAAAAUGUCUGCGACUUUAAAACCAUAUUUAACUGCUGUUCGUCACACGCUAACUGCAGCUAUGUGUUUAGAACAUUUUUCAUCCCAAGUCGUAGAAAGAUACAACAAACCGGAGGUCGAGGUUAGAACAAGCAAAGAACUUUUGCUGAAUCCAGUCGUGAUUUCGAGGAAUGCUAACGAGAAAGUGUUAAUUGAAUCAUCCAUUAACUCUAUACGAGUGAGCAUAAUGAUCAAACAAGCCGAUGAAAUCGAGAAGAUAUUAUGUAAAAAGUUCAUGCGAUUUAUGAUGAUGAGAGCUGAAAAUUUCAUUGUAUUACGAAGGAAACCUGUGGACGGGUACCACAUCAGUUUCUUGAUUACAAAUUUCCACACAGAGCAGAUGUACAAGCACAAACUUGUCGACUUUGUAAUAUACUUCAUGGAGGAAAUUGAUAAGGAGAUAAGUGAAAUGAAAUUGGCAGUAAAUGCUCGUGCUAGAAUUUGCUCUGAAGAGUUUUUGAAGAGAUUUUAAGUUUAAUUACUUAUGUGAAUCAUGAAUUGGUUUCAUAUCUGUUUGAAAAUAUUCUAAUCAAGUAGAAAAGAAAUUUACUUAGUUAAACAUCUAACAGUUGUGAAACACAAUACCAUGAUUAUAUGACUGAUAUAAAUUUUUAAUACAUUCAUUCAUUACAGAUAUACAAUAUAUUCACUAUAUCAAAUUAUUUUAUACAUUCUCUCUAUUUUGUUAAAAAUUUUGUUGUAUAUUGGCUUAUUAAUUUGAACAACAGCUAUCUGAAGCUAAAAUUAUGUCUAUAUCUGUAAUAACACAUCAAAAUUGGAAAUUUCAUAUUUUAAUCACCUCACACUCAAAAGUAAUGAUCAGUUUUAAGUUAACAAGGGAUAUCCAAAAUAGUCAGUUGAACUGCUAGGGUACGGAAAGCCACAAAAUGGCAUUGUUAAAAUAAAUCUACUUUGGUAUAAGACAGGAUUGUUUAGAGUAGUAUUGUAAAUACAAGCUGUGGAAGUCAAAGUAGCAAUGUGUCUGCAAACAUUUUGUUCAUCAAAAAGUUAAAGAUAGCUUUGGUUUAGAAGGUAAUCAACAUGGAAAUUGAUAAUUACAGCUUAGUAAUUUAUGAUAAGGAAUUUUCUUAAUCAGUCUAGUUAAUACUUUUUUAUCACAAAAAACAAACAAACUAAUAGUCCUGGUGCAUAAUAAAACAAUAAUAAUUGUUUUUUUAGUAUGCAUAUAGGUCUGAUACCUAUAUGCAUAUGUGUGUGCAUGCUGUACUGUGUGUGUGUAAAAACAGACUAGCUAUGUACUAUAUCUGUAACCAAGAUAAUUAUAGUGUAUUGCUAGUCUCUUUUUAAGUAUUAGUUGUGUCAGUACAAGUGUACACCAAACACUUUUUAAUGAAUGAAUAAAUAACUGUUCCAAAUACUUUGUGAAUUUGAGUUUUAUAAAAACAUCAAACAGGCUCAUUUUGAAGAUAACAUACAAAUAUAACAUGAUCGCAAAAUCAUUCAGUAUUUUCUUUUGUAAGUUUUAGAAAAUGAAUAGAGAUACUAGCUUUUAUUUUGUAAAAAUGAUACAUAUAGUGGAAUAUAAUUUAUUUUUCAUUGUGAAAAACCUUUUAUACUUAAUUUAAGACUGUUGAAUCAGACAUCUUAUUCCAUUGAUUAGGAGAAUAUUGUUCUUAGUUAUUAACAUUUUAAUUUUAAUGACUUAGAAUUGUAUAGUAAGGUCUUUAAUUAAAACAUUAUAUUUCGU